CCAAUCUCAAAUCCUUCCUGUAUAAAAGUUUGAUGGGCAUUGCCAAUUGCCAUCUCUCCUCCCACUCAAGAAAAAGUUGUGCAAAAAGAUGGCAAUCUCAAAUCUCUCUCACAGUCACAGCUUGGUUCAUGGACUGAUGAUGCUUUGUAUUUUUUUCGUUCUAUGCCACUGCUUGGUUGCGACAGGUGACCCCCCAUUGACGUUGGAUUACUAUGCCAAAACUUGUCCCAAUGUGUUGCAGGUUGUGAGGAAAGAGAUAGAAUGUGCAGUGCUUUCUGACCCACGUAAUGCUGCUUUUCUUGUCCGCUUGCACUUCCACGACUGCUUCGUCCAGGGAUGCGAUGGGUCGGUUCUACUGGACGACACAAUAACAUUACAGGGAGAGAAAGAAGCUCCCACCAACAAACACUCCCUCCAAGGCUUCACAAUCAUUGACAGGAUAAAGAAUUACCUUGAAUCAGAAUGUCCUCGGAUUGUUUCUUGUGCAGAUAUACUCACUAUUGCAGCUAGGGAUGCAGUGAUUCUGGUGGGCGGACCUUAUUGGGAUGUUCCUCUGGGAAGAAAGGAUUCCACAACUGCGAGUUAUGAACUUGCAGAAACAAAUCUUCCCACCGCCAAUGAGGGGCUUCUCAGCAUCAUCUCCAAAUUUCUUUAUCAGGGUUUCUCUGUCACUGACAUGGUAGCGCUAUCAGGAGCGCACACCAUUGGAAUGGCGAGGUGUGAGAAUUUCAGGGCAAGGAUUUAUGGGGAUUUUGCAGCAACUUCUAAUGCUUACAAUCCAAUUUCCAAGCCAUAUCUUGAGAAGUUGAGGUCUGUUUGCCCCCCAGUUGGGAAAGCUGCAGAUAAUAACAUAACAGCAAUGGACAACGUGACACCAGAGCUCUUUGACAACUCCUAUUUCCACAUCUUGAUGAGAGGAGAAGGGAUUUUGAAUUCAGACCAGGAAUUGUAUUCCAGCCUUCUGGGAAUUGAAACCAGGAAUCUGGUGAAGAAAUAUGCUGCAGACCCACUUGCUUUCUUCCAGCAAUUCUCUGAUUCCAUGGUGAAGUUGGGAAAUAUCACCAAUUCUGAUAGCUUUUUCACUGGGGAAGUCAGGAAAAACUGCAGGUUUAUCAACACCUAGAACAAGGGAAAAAUCAUUGUCGUGUUUCUAAUUUCUAUAAAGGAAUAAUAAUUCUAAACUACACUUUUAUAAAA